CGCGGCAGGCGGGAGUUCCAAACUACUGAAUCCGCCAUAUUUUUCCUUAAACAUACGUGUGAAUAUUUAUUUGAUUUCAGGGGACAAUGUUUCGUUCUUCCUUCGUGGAAGAUACUUCCAACCCAUGGUCACCGUCUUCCACGUACAUAAAUGUUGGUUCCUUGCAAAAUAUUGUGAAUUUUGCCGAAAAGACAGGCCACAUUGAUAGAGUAAGCGAAAGUACUUUUAACAAUCUGCCUAUUUUCCACGUUACCGUAUGAUUAAAAACAAAUGUUUAGCGGCCAAAAAUAACGGGAAAGAGAAGAAUAUUUCUAUUUUCAAACUCUCAUGGCUUAAUUUUCACAGGAAUAGAUAAACCUUUUCAUUUAGUUGUUGGUUUUUAUGUUGCCUAUCAAAAGUUUUAAGUUCAUCUUAUAGUUUCAAUUUUACCAUUUAUUUUAUGAGCAGAAAAACGUUGACAUUGAAGGAAUUCGUCGAAGAGUUGAGAUGACAUCUCCUUCAGUGACUUUAAUUAGAUUACUGAGAGAAAUCACAAGACUUGGCAAAGCUCUAGACAAGGUAAUUUGACUACUGACUUUACCUAAAACAGUUAUUUUCAGGACUUCUCUCGUUUGGAUGACCAGACUGCAUGAUCAUGUCUUACUCCUUAGUUCAAACUAGUUACUGUACAAGUAAACUGUUGCUUUGACCUGUCUUUAUAACAUACCACUGGAACUCUCAGCCUGAUGUGUCCUAAUAACCCAUAAACUCCCAGACCUGAUUAACAUGUACCUUCUCUCUAUAAUAUCUAUACAUUAUCAACCAAGCUGGUAAUGAGAAUACUCAAAGAUGUCAGGAAGAAAGUAUAAUCUUGAUCUAACACCAAAUUCUUGUAUGUAAUUAACCAGAAAUUAGGUAGCAUCAAGAUGGGAGAAUUAACAAUCAGAUCUUGGAAGUUAUAGGGUUAAACCUAAAAAGCCCCAGUGUACUCUUUGAAUUUCUUUUAUCACUUAAAUUUUUAGGUAAAUCUAGAAAUUCAGUGCCAUUUGAAAGAUGCUGAAACAAGGGACAUAACUCAUGUUGAUUUACUUGGUAAGUUAACUUUGACCAUAACUUAAAUGAUUUUCUAAUUUUGGUCAUUAAAAGUACAUCAUGUACAAGAUAAGGUUAAAGGUUAUUGUAAGGCUUUGUAACAAUUCUGCGUAUAUUGUGAAUGCUUUAUUUGCUUCAUAAUUUUAUAUGCUUUUGUUGAUUGUGUAGGAAGUAAGUGUCAACAGCUAGAGCAGUUAUCCAAUCAGCUGUCUGCUAUUAUUGAGAAAAAGGAUGAGCUUAUUUCAAGACUGCAACAGCCUUUUGUAGGAGAAUUCCUGGAAAUAGAUGCUGCACAUCACAAGUAAGAAUUCAAAGAAGCUUUCUUUUGGCUAAGGGAAAUCUUGAAGGCUUCAUGUUGUUAAAGUGGAGGGUCAAAAUUGAAAAGACAGUCAAAAAUUUACUCAGUGUGCAAAAUAAUUGAAUCUCCCAGGCUUUGAUUUGUUUGAAAUUUGUCCUUUAACUUUUUGACUCGCCUAGACUCUCAAAUGGUCUUGUCAAGCUUCAAAGAUUUCUUGAUAUUCACUCUGUUCUUUCCACUGUUCAUUUAAUUUAUUUGAUACCUCAAGCUCAUUACACUGUUUAUUGUUUACUUCAGGAACACAGCUGAGGUUCUGCCUAUGAUUGCAUCUAAUUUAGCAAACUUUCCAACUCUGCUGGAGAACAUAAUGUGGAUAAAGAACUUUUCACUUGCAGAUGGGCAAUUGGUUGGUACAAUUUUUUGUCAUUUAAAUUCAACUUUUGGCAUAUUAUGAUUCAGAUCUUUCUAUUAAUGCAAUUUUCUUUAGUGUACAUAAUUCUACAUCUGUUUUUUUUUUAAAUCAAAUUAGUGACUUGCAUUCAUUUGACUUGAAUCUGUGUUUAAAAGUUUGAUCUAUGUCAGAGUUAACCUGAUUUAACAGUUCAAAGUGACAGUCUUGCUACAAAAAUUCUCUUCGUGUGACCUUAUUUUUUUCAUUAUUUGUUACAGUAUUUUAUUUUAUCAGCCAUCAGAAUUGGAAUAUUUCAUGAUAUAUGAUCCUAAAUUAGGGUGAAAAAUCAGUAUUAGCUUAAAAAUUCAAAAAUGUUAACUUUUUAAGCAACCUUGUACUUUGGUCACUCUAUUCUUGAAGUUUUGCAACAGGCCCCACAACACUGCAAUUAGUUUAAAUCCUUGACUCUGUGAUAAGUAAUAAACUGUUGAGUGAAACAAAAACUUGCUAGUAUGUUCCCAAGAAAUAGGUGAAAAUCUUCUUUUGAAAAGAAUGUUAACUCUUUGAAAUACCUCCCCAUUUAUGUAUAUUCAACCAUCAUCUGUUUCUAGCUUACUGUCCUGUCUCAUAUUGAAUCAUCAUUUGCUGAAAUUCAAAGUUUCUACCAAGCAUUGUGCCAGGGUCGUAAUCUCAUGUCACACCUACAGGAUGAACAUGGCAAACAAAGGGACUUAGCAUAAACAAAUGAAUCUGUACACUCCACUAUAGAACUAUGAAAAAAUGGAUUGAGACAAUGUGGAUUAACAUGUAUUGGUGUAAAGAAUUUAUUUUUGAUAGAGAGCAAGUAAAUAAACAGAAAAUGAACCAACCCUUAAUCCGUUAGGGACAACAUUUAAUGGGUACAAAAAUGAUAUACAUAUAUUGCCAGCAAACACAGCCAUAUAUACUUCAAAAGAGUGGAGCUACUUGAAGUUUAACGUGUUUUAAACUAAAAUGAGGAAAAUUUUGAAAUGCUUUAAAUGAGCAAACAAGAUAAACAAACAGACAAACAACACACUCAAAGUCUCAAGAAAUUUUCUAUAAGCAUAUAACUGGUGGCACUCGCCAGAUAGACACAGUGUGAUGUUUUUUCAAUGACCACAAGGUACAAAUAGAUUCUAUCAUGUUUGCCUCUUAUUAGCGAGAGAGAUCAGGGAAAAUUAAGGAACUCAGGCAGGAAGUCAGGUGUAUAAAUGUUCAAAAUAUAUUAACUUAUGAUUGUAUGCUCAUUAUCUGAAAAUCCCAGUAUUAAAACGAAAUACCCUCCAAGCUACAUCACGUUUUAAUUUGUUCCAAUCGGCUACGAUUGAAGCUUCCCAAACUGCCACUGGGACGACUAUGAAAAAUUACAUAUUUCUUCCUCUUUUGAUACGCCGGUUUUAACAACUGCAACGGUCCUAUCAAUUGGCGAAAUGUCUCUAUCUCAAAGGUUAAUCUUUUAAUUUCAAAGUAUAUCUUUCAAACAAAGAGAAAUGAAUUCUGCAAGGAUGUUAAUUAAUCGGUUUUUGUUGAUCCUUCGAUGUUUCUUAACUUUUUUUGCUAUGUGACCGUAAUUUAUUCAAUAGAGGACAAUAAAUUGAAUCUUAG